GCCUCGAGUUGUCUACCGUGACUCAAACUCGUACAAGACUCCCCGAAAACCUGAAGGCCUGAAGCUUGAAUAACGAUAUUCUACUCGUACUCCGAGCAUGGAUGCAGAGCUACGAUGUAAUCGACUGACAUGUCGCAAGACUCUCAUUGACAAGGCGGUGGUGACAACAUGCUCGCAUAUAUUCUGCGGUAAGAUCUGAUGAAGGCCGAACGAACAAACGCAAAGGGUUCACUGACUUGGAAUGACCCUUGCGGUUUCACUAGUUGACUGUGCGAACGAAUUGUUCAAUGCCUCGCGGUUAUGUCCUGCUUGCGAAACAUCACUGACCGAGCCAGACGACGUGGUUGUGUGCUCAUUACAUCCCACUAAUGACUACAAAACGUCUGUUCUUUCGGGUCUCAGUCCGUCCUUAAUCAUGGAAAUUUGCAGCCGGGCUCUAUCAUUUUGGCAGUAUCAGGUACACCAAGAAAAUUCAUUCCAGCAAGCGGUCAUCCGCAACCUCAAUGACAAGCAAGCACAGUUACAGAAGCAGCUAGACAAUGUCAUCAGAGAAGCGAAUGGAGAAAUCAAUCUUCUGAGCAACAAGGUCGCAGAGUUGGAACGCGACAUGGAACUGGAACGGCGAAAGGUUCAUGAACUACAGGAUUCUUCCAGAGAACGCGAGAAGGAGUAUCAAAAACUUAAGGCCCAAUACGACAAAGCCAAGCGGAAGUCGUUGCUUGCUCCAGACACUGCUCCAGCUAGGCAGGGUGUCGGCGGUGUGAACAUGUUUAAUCAACCUCCUCAAGACGACCAUAAUAAAGGUAGAGCUGGUGUGGAUAUUGGUGCAGUGAUCGGCGGAAUGGACGCGAAUGGGAUACAAAGAACUCCGUUGGUUAAUCGCACCAUGGCCGGUCCUUUCGGCCCUCAUCAAAGCGCCGCUUGGCCGCAGGCUGCUCGCCCUCAGCAGCGCACCAACGUGCAGCGACGACCUUUUACUGUCAACAACAACGAUCCUUCAUAUAGAACAAACUCUAUCUCGGAACGUUCCGAUAGCGCCAACGAGGUUGAAAACAUGCUCCUCCCACACUUCAAUCGUUCAAAAGUUCCUCCGCCAUCCGGUGGUUCGGGCGGGUCCGGUUGGGGCGGGACAAGUUCAUCUGCCAGACCUCGUCCUGCCCAGCAGCAUCAGUUCAGUAGCAACCAGGUCGUCAAACAUGGAUUCAGACCUGCAAGGUAAAUCUCAGCACAGUAUCAUUCUAUUCCGAUUCCGGCAGUAGUGUAGUCAUGAAAACAAAUAAUACAUGUAUCAUAUAGAUAGACGAAUCCGAGUACCGUAUUGCACGAGGGUAUAAAAUGUGCGAGUGAAAGCAACAAAGCAUAAAUGAGCACUGUCAGAUCAAACAUAACGAGAGGGUGGACUAGUCAUAACGUAGAGUUCCAUUCUUCUCGUCUUCGAGAUAUUGCCCAAUAGCAAGGAUAUCUUGGCCUGCCCUACGAAGAUACCCUCCAAGGAUAGUUUUAUCGGCCUUCGGGAGCAGAGCAGCAAGUUUGUCCACCUGACGUGCGAAUUCAUCUGGGUCAGUGGGCGAUCCGCGUUCAGAAAAUGUGUGGUGGCCACUGAGUUGCGAAGGUCGUUGUAUAACAACUGUGCUCGAUCGGUGGUGACCCAAGCCACUCGACGGGGACUGAGGAGAAAGGACUAUGGUUUUGGACCUCUG